UCUUGUUUGCGUACGUGCAGAAACCGGCUCCCAGCAGAGAGGGCGGGACUCCCGCCAGAGAGUCUCCUCUUCAGCUGGCCCAGCAGCUCAAGCGUGUACAAGAUGCAGUGGAGGUGAAGAGGCAGUGCUGAAAAAAAUCCCAUCCCACCACAACUCUUUUCCCAGUGAAACCCAAGGAUGUUGUUACUGUUGGAAGGCAACACAGAGUCGGAGAGCCUGAGCCACCUGCUACAAGCAGGGACUGAAGUAAACAUACCUGCUGAUACUGUGGGCCAAGAUCCAGCACAUCUGGCUGCUCACGGAGGACAUCCUUUUUUCCUGCUUUGGCAAUUGCAGACAGGAGCCAAUUUGAACCAACAGGAUUGUCUUGGGGAAGCUCCAAUUCACAAAGCUGCUAAAGUUGGGAGUUUGGAGUGUCUCGCCUUACUUGUUUCCGGUCGUGCCACCAUCAACUUGUGCAACAAGAAGGGACAAACUGCAGAAGACCUGGCACUGGCUUUUGGAUUUGGGGAAUGUGCUCAGUUCCUCAAGACAGUGAAAGAAACCCAGAAUAGGAAAGUUCAUGAUUCCCUCAGGCGGACAGAGGUGGCAACAAGACCAAAACGAGCAAGUGAAAGCAGAAGACCUAUAAGCAAGAAGACAAUGAGAACAAACGAUCCAACAUUUUUGAUGUCACAUAAAGGUGCAUGAAGAGAAACGAGAACACUCUGAACAGCUCCAGAAAACCAUCAAGUCCACAGACAAACGUUGUUCAAAAUCAACUGUUUUGAACAAUUCCUUCUGAGAAGGAGAACAAUUUGCUUCUUGAAGAGGAUACCUUUUAAAACAUUCUUGUAUUUAUGCACUAAUAAACAUGCAUAAACAA